AUGCACACAUACACGCACACGCACAUGCGCCUGCACACGCACAUGCAUCCGUGCAUGCGAUGCGUUCACCAAACAACACAAAGCCAACGCAAGUCAACGCCGAGAGUGUUGUGGCGGUGGUGUUUUGUUUGUUUGAUGUAUUGCGUGUGCACUGCUGUUCAAGUUUGUUUGUUUUUCUUCGUCUGUUUUGCUUGUGGCUGGCUGCUGUUCGUUUCGUGUGUCGCACCAGAUGCUGUUUGUUGUGUUCGUUUUCACGCGUGCUGUCGUUCUGAGUUUGGUAUCUUUCGAGUUCCGCACUCACCGUGUGUGACAGUUCUCAAAGAGUGCAAUACCAUUUCCCAACAAGAUGGUGUACACAAAUGA